AUGAACGAAAGCAACGGCCGAGGGGAAAGGGAGAUGCCGAACUGCAUCCAGGUGAGUUAUGAGGAAUAUAACUUCCCUGGUGUCUUUACAGCAGGUACAACUAUUCACAUUGAGACGUGUGGCUCCGAUCGUGGGAGCAGCAGACGCAGCAGCAAAAAGAGUGCAAGUACUACUCGCCGCCAGCGCCGAAAGAGGCAGCAACAAUUACCACAUGAAUUCUUGUGGUUUACCAACAUGGAGGAUGACAGCCUUUCGGCUCCUACUGGUCGGCAUGGACAAUCUUCAGGUAAAGCGCGACCGGCUUCGCUUAAAACUCCAUUUGCUGCCGGUCGCGGUGGGGCGCCGUACAAUAAGAAACUCCGCAAGAAAAACAUGCAGAGGCAUCAACAACAGCAGCAACCAUGUAGUUUUUUGUUUGAUAUCCAACCCACACCCACCGCAGAAUCAGAGACGAUAUCGGAUUUUUAUAUUUCUCCCGCACAUCAGGCUGUCGCUGAGAGCUCUGCGCCCUGGAAUCCUGUGAGUGUCAGCCAAGGGAAUUCGGACGGGUUUCAUUUUAAAUUCCUUGGGCAUGGAGGCAUAACUGAAAGCAGCAACCUGCAACCUCCGCCGUCCGAUCAGGUGCCACGUGAUAAUAAAAGUAAUCAUCGACGCCACAAAGCGCGCACGAAGAAAAGCAACUCACGCAGAGGACUUAAUAACUAUAGCGAUGACGAUUCGCCAUUCACCAGUAGCUCGGAUGAAUUAAGCGUCGCAGUAGUUUGCGGUGGUAGUCGCCCGUUGGCCCCAAUGCCGGCACCGUCACUGUUACCUCCAUUAGAGCUAUUACCGGCAAGCAGCAUGGAUGUUUGUUUUGAAACACUCGAACAGUGUUUUGCUGAGGUGCAGUUGGAUUGUGAUGAGUUACUGUAA